AUGAAGAAAUCAAGGAUGUCGACACCAAUACCGCCAAAGGGAAGUCAGCUAAGUCGUUCCUUAGUGAACGAUCCUGGUUCCAACGUAUCUCCUGCUCCGGGGAUCUUGCGGCAAUCUUCUGAGUUGCCAAGGCUCAUAGAGUUGCCACCACCUACAGCCACAUAUCGCCUGCGAAGAGGGGACGAAGGACCUCCACCGCCACCGAGGCGAACACCGAUAGAGUCCGAACCACUACCGAAUCCAGAACCGCGACGAGGACCUUCUAAAGGUGGUCCUUAUAAAAAAACAAAACCCAUCCUCAAACCCACACCAUCAAAGCCUCUACCCACGAAACCCAUACCUACAGAGCUUUUACCUACGAAGGCACCUCAAGCGACUCCUACUGAUACCCCGGCCAGCGUUGCAGUGACCGACGCUGACGAUAAUGGGCGCACUUGA